AAUAGCAUAACAAAUGUCCCAAGCAGCAUCCAAAUUCCACUUCUGACAUCUAUCGGAAAUUGAUUCAGGAAAAAUGGUGGAUCGAGACCGGGAUUGGGAUUUUCAUCUCAGAAAUUUAUCCAACAGCGCCAGAGACUCGAAUGUCGCAAACGAUCCCGCUUCCGAUCCUAAUAUUCUCCAAUCAGUUAAAAGGCUAUAUGAAUUGUGCAAAGCUGAGAAUUCUGAGGAUUUGGUGGCUCGGGUGUAUCCUCACUUUAACAAGAUUUUUCAGCGUUCGGUAUCGUCCCUGUCUCAAUCUAGAACUUCUAAUGGCCUCCUCUUAUUGGCCAUUCUUCAAUUUUUCAUUGACUUUGGUGAAUUGGUCUUACAUGAUGCUGAUCCCAGUCUGAAGACAUUCUUCCGUUCAUGUUUGAGCCGUGAGUUUGCAGAUCCAAUUGUUGCAGAAGCAGUUCUAGAAAUUUUUAAUGCAAAUUUUUUGGUAGUCGCAUUGGAAAGGGUAGAGCGGAGCUCAGGAUCACUAGUUGGAAAUAGCAUAGCUUCAAUCCAGAAGAGUAAAGCCCUGAGAAUCCUCAUGUUAUAUUUGGUACAGAUGCUACUUGCACUCAUGGAUGAGGCUUACACUGGUUCAACCAUCGGGGAUGCAGGGGGAGACUCUGAAUCUGAGGACAGCAGCAGAAUAGAUGUAGCUGAUCCUCUCUUCUUAGAACUUUUGGAGGAUGAAAAUGAUGGUCUUUCUGAACGACAUUGGACUUCUCCUGUGAUGGCUGCAGUAUUGCAGACCGCAAUAAAUACUCCAUCUGUUAGGCUGAAACAAAUACUGAACAUGACACCUCGGAUUCUUGAUGUGUACUUUUCCGUUGCACUGCAAGAGGUUAACAAUUCAUUAAUCUGUGCGCUGGUUCCUUUGCUUAUGUCAAGAAACUCCACAUUAUUUCCCGACAAAGAUUUCUCAUAUAAGGUUUGUAAGAGGCUCCUAGAAUUUAUGCUUGCUGCAUUUCAGCGGUCUCCAGCCUUCAUUGCACUUCUCAAGAAACCUAUAACGGACCGGCUUGGUGAAGCUUACGAGAACCCUGCAAAGACAGAACUGGCAUUGCAAUUGUGUUGGGCCAUUGGAGAACAUGGCGGGGGUGGCAGAUCUCACAAAGAUGCUGCCCGUGAACUUUUUGAGAGCUUAGAGUUGCUUUUGUAUGAAAAUCUUUUAUCCAGUCUUCUAGGUAUGAGACAGGACUCGAGCGAUAAUUCCAGUGGGGAGAGCUUCAGAAAGUCAUCACAGUCCAGGCUUCUAUGUUUUGUUAUUACUGCAAUUGCAAAACUUGCGACAUACCACCGUGAAUUACUACCGAGAGCGCAGGUCUCAUUGGGAAAGGUCUAUUUAUCUCGAACCUCAGAUUCAAGGGUCUGGACUCGAGCUUACAAUUAUCUAGGGCUACUGAGUGACCCUGGAGUUUCUUUGUCCAUUUUGGGGCCUUCUAGACAAGCUGCACUUAACCCAGGAACCGACUGGAGUCAAGGCGGAACUAAGAUGGUUGCACACAUUCCGUUUUACAUUCUCUGUGAACAUGAAGGUCCUCCUUUCUAUGAUUUCUCAUUAUCAGAUAUUCUUCCAAAGAGAUGAUGAGCUUUAAGGUUGCAGAGGGUAAGUUGCAGGUGAACCUGUAAGUUUAUCGUCUUGGACGUCCCCGAGCUGAUGUUACAGAGCAACACACCUCACCUAGUAGGUUACCUUGAGGUAUUGUGCUUUGUAGGAUUAAUCAAAUUCGACUCUUUCACAUGAGAAAUUGCUGAAGUUUCUCCUUAUUCUCUCCGAUCUCUGGUAGCGUCCUGAUCAAGAAAAAGGGAUAAUCCCGACUUGUAAAUUGUAACAUAAACAGCUUGUAAAGCCACCUAUUUCCAGGUAUUCUUGGCUUUGUCACAUUUAGAUUGAAGGUCAUCUUCACCAUGUAGCCAUGAACACUUUAUUCUGAAAGAAAAUACUUCGUUCAUACCAAA